GAUAUCACCAAUUCUUUUUUUUUUUUUCAGCGCAUUCUUGUUUCUUCCUUUCUUCUUCAUCUCCUUUACUUUCCUCCUACCCAAUUUCCAGAUCCCAAGAUUACUUAACCCCACAUAGAAACUCAAGAAAAACCCAGUAAUCUUCCAGACAAAUUCAUGUAUUUGUUCUGAAAACUCAAGAAUCCAUCCAUCCGUCCAUCCAUUUAUCUAUCCAGUCAACAUCAGAAAACAGCUAUGGAUCUCUCCCUGGAAGAACUCCAAUUCUUGACCAUACCAGACAUCCUAAAAGAAUCAGUUUCAAUACCAAAACAAUCUCCCAAAACCUUUUACCUCACCACGCUUUCCUUAAUCUUCCCACUUUCCUUUGCCAUUUUAGCCCACUCCCUCUUCACUCACCCCAUACUUUCUCAGCUUCAAGCUGACCCUGCUGGCUCUCACACUUCCCAAUGGACAAAGCUCCUGACUUUUCAGUUCUGUUACCUCAUCUUCCUCUUUGCCUUCUCCCUUCUUUCCACGGCUGCUGUAGUCUUCACUGUUGCCUCGCUUUACACUUCCAAGCCUGUGUCUUUCUCCUCCACAAUGGCAGCCAUCCCUUCUGUUUUUAAGAGGCUUUUCGUUACUUUCAUGUGGGUUACGCUCACUAUGGUGAUUUAUAACGUGAUUUUUAUCGGGUUUCUUGUGCUUCUGAUUAUAGCUGUGGAUACCGAAAAUGUGCCUUUGUUUUUGUUUUCGAUGGUGGUUGUUUUUGUACUGUUUUUGGUGGUUCAUGUUUAUAUAAGCGCAUUGUGGCAUUUGGCUAGUGUGGUGUCUGUUCUUGAGCCUGUUUAUGGAUUUGCGGCUAUGAAAAAGAGCUAUGAGCUGCUCAAGGGCAGAACCCGGAUUGCUUUUGGGCUUGUUUUUGGGUAUUUGGCAAUUUGUGGGGUGAUCAAUGCCCUUUUUGGUUCAAUUGUGGUUCAUGGUGGGGACUCUUAUGGUGUGCUGCCAAGAAUUUUGGUUGGUGGAUUCUUGGUUGGGGUGUUAGUGAUUGUCAAUCUUGUGGGGUUGUUGGUGCAAAGCGUGUUUUACUAUGUUUGUAAGAGCUAUCAUCAUCAGGGAAUUGAUAAGAGUGCUCUUUAUGACCAUCUUGGUGGAUAUCUUGGGGAGUAUGUGCCUCUCAAAAGCAGCAUUCAGAUGGAGAACUUGGAUGCUUAGCUUGAACUCCUGCUGGCAAGAGAGGUUAUUAAAUCCCUGUGUUGUUUCGGAUUCUCUGUAAGGAAACCAAAUGAUAUCUGUAAAGACAAAAAAUUUCAAAGGGGUGUGUGUGUUUUGUGACAAUUGUAUUUCAUUGUUGCAGUAAUAAACCUAGCUAGUUGUUAUUUUAUGUA